AUGACUGACGGAAACGUUUCUUCCUCUGUUGGCUUCUCCGAAUCUUCUCAACCAUCUGCCAAUGGCUCCUAUCCGAGCACCAACGGACACGUCAGCCAGCCUGAUGGGUCAGCUACCGCGAAGGCAACGCCAGCUGCUAUCUCAGACCGUACAGAUGGUUAUGCGACCACAGACAAUGGCGAAGCGAAGACCGACAUCUCGCUGCAAGGCCUGUCUCUAUCAGGUUCAUCGAGCUUGGCUCAGCGAGCGAGCUUGGAACGGAACUGGCUGCGCCAGUGCGCGCCGAUAUUCUUGCAUCCGACGCACGACAUUCGCGCUGGUCACGCGCUCGUGCGCGUGUUUUUCCGCUUUGUGCGGGAAGGGGAGGAGGCGGAAGCCCGCUCGCGCGGAAAGGAAUGGACGGACUACAUGGCUGCGGGGGAAGAUUUCGUGGAAUGGGAGGAAGAGGCGGAAGCAUGCGGGAAAAACGGGGAACGUGGAGGCGAGAAUGGAGCGGAACUAGCGGCAGAGUUAAGAGGAGCGGUUGGAGAGAGGGGAGUAGAGGCGAGAGGUGAAGCUGUUAAUGGGGAUAACGCCGAUGACUUGUUGUGCGAGCUGGUGGUGGUGUACGAGGGCGAGGCGAGCUAUCGUCGGCAGAACCCUUAUCAGGUCAACCACAUGGCCACCUUCUUCUACAUGUCCUUCAACAAGAUAGUGUUUGGCAGAACUGCGGACAUUGACUAUUUAACGGUAACAGGUGUCAACCUCUCAUUGGACCCCAGCAGGAAGCCAUGGAGGAGCGUGCGCACCACUGAUCACUGCGGCACUCAGACAUGGUCGCAGGGCAACAAGGCCGAUUUAGCUUGGUGGCUCUCUCUCUUCCAUCACUACACUGUAGACGUGCCCUAUGAGGAACUGCAGAAGGACGAGCAGGCAAAGCACCGCCCUAUUAUUUAUGUGAACACAGCGAACCAUCUCAUGGGGGAGACUAACGCCAACCCUGAGUUCCCACUAACCACUUGGAAGCACUACCCGCUACACCGAGGGGGUCCUCCUGAAGCUGAGCUCUUUGCACGGAGGAGCAUACUGAGCAAGCCCAUUCUGUGGAACCCUUUUCCUGGCUGUUUGAGUCGCUGCUCCUGUUGA